GAUUACAAUAAUCCUUCCUUGAACAAACAGAGGUUCAUUUGACUGACGAUUUAAUAAGCCUUGUGAUAUAAUACUAUCUCAAGGCCUCGAUAAUACACCAGAGAGUUAUUCAUAUACUAACCGAUAGGAACAUUCAACCAUGGCUUCAGAAGAUCAAGCCAUCUUAGAACAAAUCAGUCGUCUAGCUGGUCAAAUUAAUCAACAUAAGAAUAACCAGUCAAACGAUCCAUAUAAUCAAACACAUGCCCCUUCGCCUACAAAUGGUUACCAUCCACAAUCAAAUAAUCGAGGAGGUCAUGGGGCUUAUGCAUACCAUCCCUAUGCAAACAGUAGCUGGAGAGGUAGUCGAGGUAGUCAUAGGGGCGCAUACUCUGCUAGAGGAUAUCGAGGCGGAAGAGGCGGUGCUGGUAUCGUGCGACAUCGAACGCUUGUGUUAAACGGUGGUACCUCCGUUCCAUCAUCGCAAUCGGAUUCAUCAAACGUAACUGCAUCUGCAGAUGAGAACGAGCGAUCAUCCUCUGCUGGCUACAUCACAAAAACCGAUCGCCAUCUCCAGUUAAUUAACAAGUCAUAUUUUGAGAAAGAUAGUCAGAUUCGCGUUAAAGCCAUUGAGGAAACUAGAAAACAGAAACUUAAACAAAGGGAUGAGCGGGAGAAGUUAAAGCUCAGCAGACAUUUGCAGCGCCUAAGCGCGAGUUCAGGCUCUUCUAUGAUUCAACCUACUGGAACAACCAAUUAUGAGGUUACGGUCAACGGAAUUCGAUUCAUUGUCACAAAGAACGGUAGCAAACUUGUGAAAGCCCCUGGUGAUCUUACUUCCGCAAACACUACCCCCAAAACUACUUUAAUUGGAGGUGUCAAAUUCUAUAGAAGCAAGAAUGGAAAUAUGUAUCGUGAAGGGAUAAUCAAAGCCACUAGGAAGCACGGAGUUGUUAAGAUCAAUGAGCCAUGCAAAUCCUUCACCAAUACGGGUACUUGUAACAAAGGUCCUAAAUGCCGAUAUAUUCACGACCCUUCAAAAGUUGGAGUAUGUAAAGCUUUCCUUCUCAAAGGUGAAUGUCCUAAUGGAGAUUCAUGCGACCUGUCUCACGACCUUACCCCCGAAAGAACACCGAAUUGCUUGCAUUUUGCCAAGGGCAAUUGUUCAAACUCGGAUUGUCGUUACACCCAUGUUCGUGUUUCGCCGACAGCAAUGGUUUGCCGGUCUUUCGGAAUCUAUGGAUAUUGCGACAAGGGAACUACUUGCACAGAGCGACACGUUCACGAAUGCCCGGAUUUCAGCAACACAGGUACUUGCACUACGAAAGGAUGCAAACUUCCCCACCGCAUCAAGGCUAGUGUUAUUCGUAGGAAUGCAGCUACUGGUGAAUCUUCUCCCGGUGAUCAAUCGAGUGAUAUUUCGAGCGAUGAAGAAGAUGAGGUAGAUAGCGAUGACGUUGAUUCAGAUGCCAUUGAUGAGGAGUUUUUUGGCGACGAAGAUGGAGAAAAGGAACCUGGAAUUCUCGCACAGCAAGAUUACGUGCAAUUUUCCUGAUACUAACAAAUGUAAGGCUCGAUUCUGGAGCACCUUUCAAUGACCCGCGUGGUCUCUUCAUUACGAAGAUCUUCAAAACAUUUUCUAUUUUUUCCUUUUUGCUGUCGUCUCCAAACCGCUAGCAGCGUCGAAGCUACAUUGUCUCUUGCUACUAGGGUUAUUAGAGGCGUCGAAAACAUUUUUGGGAUACCCGGACUCGAAUCUCCUUGUGUUUCUAACUUCAAGAUUCUCAUGUCUCAGCUAAUCGGACUGGGACCUCAAAAUAGUGUUAAAGGAAGAAUAGGAAAGAAAAAUACAUACAAGAUUACAUGAAUGCCGUCUCCA